UUUCAUACUUUAAUUUCAGAGAUGUCAGCGAUCAGCUCCAGUCCAGAUGAUCCAGAGAUCCGGAUUCUUCUGAUGGGCAGAUAUGGUUCUGGGCAAAGCUCAUCAGGAAACACCAUACUGGGAGAAAUUAUGUUUAAAGUUAAGAAACAUGAGACUGAAGUUUGUGAGUUUAAAACACAGAUUGAUGGGAAGCAGGUGUAUGUGAUUCAUUCUCCAGAUCUACGGCAUCCAGACCUGAAUAAAGAGAAGCUGAAGAUGAUGAAAGAGAAGCUGGUCUCUCGAUGUUCAGCAGGUAUCAGUGCAGUUCUGCUCACCGCUCCUCUAGAGCAACCUGUGCAAAAUGAGGAAGAGAUCCUGGAUUAUAUUAAAGACUUACUUGGUAUUGAAGUUCAGAAAUACAUGAUGAUACUGUUCACACAUGCAGAUGAACUAAAAAAGCUGGAUAAACCACAGACCAUUGAUGAAUAUCUACAACAUGAAAAGCAUGUGGAUCUCCGGCAACUGGUGAUUGAAUGUGGAGGAAGGUUUCACUGUUUCAAUAAUAAGAGUGAAUCAGACGAUCAGAUAGAAAAACUACUGCAGAAGAUUGAAACAAUGAUGAAGAAGAAUGGAGGGAAAUUUAUCAUGGAACGAAUGAGGAGGAGUGACAGUAAAAGUAAGUUGUUUUCAGGAGAGUCUUCAGCAAUAGAUCCAGAUGAUAUUGAUGUGAUUCCUGAGAAAAAAGACCAGAUCAGGCUGGUUCUGCUGGGAAAAACUGGAUGUGGGAAAAGUGCCACUGGAAACACCAUCAUCGGCAGAAACAUGUUUACAUUUUCAGCAGGUUCAAAAUCUCAGACCAAACUGUGUCAGUCAGAAACUAGAGUGAGGUUUGGUAAAGAGAUUACAGUGAUCGACACUCCUGGGGACAUGACUCGGUCACUCUCGACGUCAAGUCGGUGA